UAAAUAUAAACGAAAAGGCAGGAUUUUGUGCAAUUUAUUAAUUUUUUACAUAUAGCUAUCACAGUGAUGUUGAAAUUAAUAAAACUACAUAGACUUCGCGUGGUCCGCAUCAAUGUGGACUAUGCUGCAUACGCCACAUGGUCACAGAAGAAAGCCAUGAAGGAAAAAAAGAAAAAAGAGGAGACGUCUGGUGGAGGUACAGUCUCUGAACUAAAUCCUUGGCCGGAAUAUAUUCAAAAACGAUUGGAUCUAUGGGACAAAUACAAGGCUCAGUAUGAGGAACAGUUAGCAUCCAAACCUGACUUGAGUAUUGUGGUCACAUUGCCAGAUGGGAAGACUGUGGAGGCCCAAGCAUGGAAGACCACCCCAUAUGAUGUUGCCAAGGGUAUUAGUCAAGGCUUAGCCGAUGCCACGAUCAUAGCGCGAGUGGACAGCGUCCUGUGGGACUUGGACAGGCCUUUGGAAGGGGACUGCAAGCUGGAGUUGCUGCGAUGGGACAACACAGAUGCACAGGCUGUGUUCUGGCAUUCCUCGGCACAUAUGCUUGGGGAAGCAAUGGAGAGGGUGUACGGUGGAUGCUUGUGCUACGGGCCGCCGAUAGAGGAAGGGUUCUACUAUGACAUGUACUAUCCAGAGAAGGGGGUAUCAUCCACAGACUUCCAUGUAGUAGAGGGACUAGUCAAGAAAAUAGCAAAAGAAAAGCAGAACUUUGAACGUCUAGUACUGACCAAGGAGCAAUUGUUAGAAAUGUUCGACUAUAACCCCUUCAAAGUGAGGAUAUUGAAGGAGAAGGUGGAUACGCCAACCACCACUGUGUAUAGAUGUGGAUCUCUCAUCGACCUCUGCAGAGGACCCCAUGUCCGGCAUACAGGGAAAGUUAAAGCCUUCAAGAUCACUAAGAACUCUUCAACUUACUGGGAGGGCAAAGCAGAUGCGGAGAGUCUGCAAAGAGUUUAUGGUGUCUCGUUCCCUGACCCCAAGCAGUUGAAGCAGUGGGAGGUCAUACAGGAGGAGGCAGCCAAGAGGGACCAUAGGAAGAUUGGCAGAGAGCAAGAGUUGUAUUUCUUCCACGAGCUGUCGCCCGGAUCGUGCUUCUUCCAGCCGCGCGGCGCUCAUAUCUACAACGAGCUGGUCAACUUCAUACGCGGGGAGUACAGGAGGCGCGGUUUCCAAGAGGUGGUGACGCCAAACAUGUACAACGCCAAGCUAUGGCAGACGUCGGGCCACUGGGCGCACUACGCGGAGAACAUGUUCUCUUUCGACGUGGAGAAGGAGACCUUCGCGCUCAAACCCAUGAACUGCCCCGGACACUGCUUGAUGUUCGACAACCGCACGCGAUCAUGGCGCGAGCUGCCACUCCGCAUGGCGGACUUUGGUGUACUGCACCGCAACGAGUUGAGCGGCGCGCUCACCGGCUUGACCCGCGUACGUCGCUUCCAGCAGGACGACGCGCACAUCUUCUGCGCGCCGCACCAAAUCGAGCAGGAGAUGGUCGGCUGUUUAGAAUUUCUACAGUUUGUGUAUGAGACGUUCGGGUUUACAUUCCAACUGAAGCUGUCGACGCGACCGGAGAAGUACCUCGGAGACAUCGCCAGCUGGGAGCAGGCAGAAAAGGCUCUAGAAGAAUCCCUCAACAAAUUCGGCAAGCCGUGGCAGUUGAACCCCGGAGACGGUGCAUUCUAUGGGCCCAAGAUAGACAUCACUAUACAGGAUGCUCUGCGGAGAUCCCACCAGUGCGCCACCAUACAGCUGGACUUCCAGCUACCCGAGAGAUUUAACCUCAACUAUGUCAGUGAAACAGGUGACAAGAAGCGUCCAGUGAUCAUCCACCGAGCGAUCUUAGGCUCCGUGGAGCGCAUGAUCGCGAUCCUGAGCGAGUCGUACGCGGGCAAGUGGCCCUUCUGGCUCAGCCCGCGGCAGGUCUGCGUCGUGCCCGUGGGGCCCGCCUUCGACGACUACGCCGUGCAGGUGAAGGACAUAUUAAAUAGCAGCGGCUUCAUGUGUGAAGCGGACACCGAUGCUGGGGACACACUCAACAAGAAAGUGAGGAACGCUCAGCUCGCACAGUUCAACUACAUUCUAGUGGUCGGUGACAAGGAGAAGACUUCCCGCACUGUCAACGUAAGAACCAGAGACAACAAGGUGCACGGAGAGAUGUCCAUCGACGAAUUAAUACAGCAUCUGAAGAAACUGCAGACUGAGAGGACCAUCUCGGAGGAUAGCGGGCUACUUAAAUAAAUGUUAUUAAAUUCAUUAUUA